AUGAAACGUUCGUUGACUGAGGAGUCGUUGAAAAGGCCACCCGCUGAAGAGACUAUUUUCAUUGCCAAAGCAAAGCCUAUCCAGCCGGAGGACCUUGAGUUGAUAGUUUUGCACCGUGAUAUAACUCAAGAGUGGCGUAACAUUGCGACUACGGAGAACCCUUAUGGGUUUGUCAAGCUUGGAUUACCUACAACUGAGCCCCCUGAGCCUUCUGAUGCUACUUUGGAGGAGGCUGAGCACGAUGAGCGUUAUACUAGGUUGCUAGACCUCGUGGACGUCAGCUUAUUACCCGAGGAGCUUAUGCAAACUGACUACGUGCCGCCGCGUACUGUGGAUGUCGCUACUGAGAUGGUUGACGUCGCGCAGUCUAUGCGUCGGAUCGACCAGGUGAUGGAGCGCGAGGCUAACGAGGAGGAGCCUGAAGAGGUUCCGCCGCCACCUAUGGAUGAUCCCAUGGACCUCGACGUGAACGACGAGCACCUCGUUGGUGACUACAGUUACUCCUUUUGUGAGGAGGACGAUGGAUUUUAG